CGGCCAACUCCUUGCAUCACCUUUCACAAACGUUGCCUUUCACGGCGCCUGCUGGUCUGUUGAGGCAGUUGAAGGAAGCCCAAAGCUGGUGUUUGGUCCGCCGCUGUUUCUUCGUGAUCAAAUCAACUUUUAAAAGUUUGUAGACAAGCUUCAACGCACAACAUGAGUGAAGGCACCCAACAUGCAGAGGAGAGAGAGCCGCUGUAUAUAUCCGAAGCACAUGGUGAUGACAAGACAGGUGAUGGCAGUGAGCUAAAGCCAGUCAAGAGUUUGCUACAGGCAAUGAGGAUAGCUGCCAAGGAACCCUUCCCUCAGUUCUAUGGUGAUGGCAAAGAUGGAGAGAAGUGGACCUUAGUGUCUCAGUCUCAGGUUAAAAAGGUGCGGAAGAUUUGGGCACGAGAACAGUAUAAAAACACUGAGCGAACUCAGAAGGAAGCCGAAGAUGAGGCACGACGUGAGAAGAACAUUGAAGAAGCCAAGAAGGUGAAGAUACAGCUAGAUCCGUCUUUACCAGACCCUGUCAAGAUCAAGAUCCGUGAAGCCAAAGGCCAUCGGGGCAAGCGUGUGCAUUUGUAUGGCUGGGUCCACCACCUGAGAAGACAGGGCCGAUCGCUCAUGUUCAUCCUGUUGCGGGAUGGCACAGGCUUUCUUCAAUGCAUCCUCACUGACCAGCUGUGUCACACAUACGAAGCACUUAUGCUGUCUACGGAGUCAUCUGUCCAUCUUUACGGAGAGCUUCGUGCUGUUCUUGAAGGCAAAACGGCACCCGGUGGCCACGAACUUCAUGUUGACUAUUGGGAACUUGUCGGAGAUGCUCCAGCUGGAGGUCUGGAGGAUGUUAUCAACAAGGAGUCUCACAUUGACAUUCUGCUUGAAAACCGCCACCUUGCACUGCGGGGAGACACGCUGUCUAAGAUAAUGACUGCCAAGUCUGCUGUAAUGCACUGCUUCCGGGACUACUUCUUCAGCAACCACUAUGUUGAGGUUAUUCCACCAACCAUGGUGCAGACACAGGUUGAAGGGGGCUCAACACUGUUUGCAUUCGACUACUUUGGGGAGCAGGCCUACCUGACGCAGUCCUCACAGUUGUAUCUGGAAACUGUUGUGCCUGCUCUUGGAGAUGUCUUUUGUGUGGCACAGUCCUAUCGAGCAGAGCAGUCUAGGACGCGGCGACAUUUGGCCGAGUUUACGCACAUUGAGGCAGAAUGCCCCUUCCUGACCUUUGACGAGUUCAUGGACAAGAUAGAAGAUUUGGUGGUGGGCGUGUGCGAACGCAUCCUCAAAUCUCAUGUUGCCCCCAUUGUGCUUGAGCUCAACCCUGAAUUUGCUGUUCCGGAGCGACCUUUCAUGAGGCUACACUACGCAGAUGCAAUAAAGUACCUGCGUGAAAACAACAUAACCAAAGAAGAUGGCUCAUUCUAUGAGUUCGGUGAGGACAUUCCAGAGCUUCCAGAGCGCCAGAUGACAGACAAGAUCAACAAGCCAAUCCUUCUGUGCCGCUUUCCUGCAGAGAUAAAGUCCUUCUACAUGCAGCGUGCUGAUGACCCUCGUUUGACAGAGUCGGUCGAUCUACUAAUGCCUGGUGUUGGUGAAAUUGUGGGUGGCUCUAUGAGGAUCUGGGAUUACGAAGAGCUGCUCAAGGGUUACCAGCGAGAAGGCAUUGAUGCAAGCCACUACUAUUGGUACACGGACCAGCGGCGGUAUGGUACCUGCCCGCACGGUGGCUAUGGCCUGGGAUUCGAACGCUUUCUCACCUGGGUGCUCAAGCGCAACCAUAUAAGAGACGUUUGCCUCUACCCACGUUUUGUGGGCCGCUGCAAGCCUUGAUUUCACACACGAGUUGCAUAAAAGAGUGGCUUAUUUCC